AUUGAAAAACAUUCAUUUUUGUUAGAAACUUUAAGAAAAUAUCCUGUUGCACCGAAUCUUAUUCGAAAAGCAACGAGUAAUUAUGAAGUACCCGAUGACGAUCUUGUUAUUGAAAAAGGAACACAAGUGAUUAUACCUGUCUAUAGUAUACAUAUGGAUCCUAAAUAUUAUCCUGACCCUAAUACAUUCAAUCCAGAAAGAUUUGAUGUUAAAGAAAAAGCAGAGCGUCCAAAUUGUACAUAUCUUCCAUUUGGCGAUGGACCUCGUAUUUGUUUAGGGAAACGAUUUGCAGAAAUGGAGAUAAAAUUAGCUCUUGUUGAAAUAUUGUCAAAGUAUAAAGCUGAGCCUUGUGACAAAACUGAUGUACCAUUAAAGUUUCUAAAAAAAUCUAUUUUCUUAAAUCCAAAAAAUGGAAUAUGGUUAAAAUUUAAAAGUAUUUCUGCUUAGCAAACAUUAUAAUCAAAUUCUCUUAAAACUUAUUAAAUGAGCAAGACUGCUUCAAAUUUUAUUAACUCAAUUUUAAUUGUCCCACGAGCUUUAUUAUCUUACUACUUGAAAAAUAAAAAAUGUAUUAUUAAAUCAUUUUUUCCUAGCUGAUCGAGAUUUUUUAAAUAUCAUAUUACUCAAUAAAGUAAUUUUAUUGAUGUUUUCAUAAUUCUAUUAACUCAAAUACUUGAUAUUAAAAAUCAGGUGAAUUAAAAAAAAAAAAAAAAUAGAAUUUGUGAAGUUUAAUAUAUAUUUUUUUUCCGAAAUCUGGAACUUAUUUUUAAAAAGAUUUACUAGAUAUGUUUAUUUAUACGCACAACAUUCACUAACUGAUUUUCAUUCUAUGGUAAAUUUUAUUUAUAACAUCACAGUUUAAUAUUUUUGAGUGAUACUAAACAUUACAACUAUAAGGUUUUCAUUAUAAUAAAUUUCAUAUAUUUUGCACUGUUUGAUACCUAUUAAUAAUUUUUAUAAAUAAAUGAAAUUAAAUGUACAUAUAAUCAAUAUCUGUAAAGAUUGUUGAUUAUAUUAAUAGAUUAUAUAUGGGGACUUAAAAGUUGUUAUUAUUGUAAAUACUUAUUAAAUAUGGUUAUUGAAGUAAUAUAGGAAUACAUUAUUUAUUAAUAUAAAUAAGCAAUUGAUUUUUGGUAUCUCUUGUCACUAUUUCUCAGCUCUCACCGGACCGAUUUAUUUCAAUGAUAAGUCAAAAGAUCACAAAUCGUACCUAUUUCCCUCGUUCCCUGUAGUAAAUGUGGGAAACCCGCAUAAAAAUUACGAUUUUUAAAAUCGAUAAAUUUUGAUAUUUUUAAAAAAAAUUUUUAUUAGAACUGUCACAAUUUUUUUAAAAAUGAACAAAUAAAAAUAACUUUUUUAGCUUCG